CCCAAAUCGAAGAAUGAUGACGGCACGACGAUCGGGGCGGAGGCUGAAAUCAAAAACCCUAAGUAUUAACAAUUCUCGGAGUUCAACGAAGUCGAUGCCGGAGCUUCCAAAGGAUUUGGUAGAGGAGAUACUCUGUCGCGUUCCGGCGACAUCUCUGAAUCGGUUACGAACUACUUGCAAAGCCUGGAAUCGAUUGCUCGAAGAUGAUCGGAGAUUCGCGAGGAAGCAUUUGGAUGAAGCCGCGAAGGAGUUUCUCCCUCUCAUGUUAACCAAGGACUAUGAGGUUCAUUCGUUUAGCGUCAAUCCCCGUGUACGUGAUCCAUCUAUCGAGUGGAAAGGAGAGCUUAAACUACUCAAUCGGCGUUCGAAGUUCAUCGAUUGCGUCUUUCACUGCGACGGCUUGCUGCUAUGCACCUCCGAAGAGAACGAAUCUAGAAUCGUGGUUUGGAACCCUUUCACCCGUCAAACCAGGUUGAUCGAUGUCGGUCUCAAGAUGAGAGGCUUCAUUUUCAAUCUCGGCUACUCGCAGGACAACGAAGCUUCUUCCGCUCCAGCUCCAGGCUGGGACCUUGAAAUCCUUAGUCCCAGCGUCUCUUUAAAGGGAAACAUUUACCGGUUUGCUACUGAUGAAAAAGGAAUCAAAUCUUUGCUUAAGUUUGAUUUUUCUACUGAGAAAUCUGAACCUGUGCCUCUUCCCUAUCAGUGUGAUCGUUAUGGUGCCACGAUUCUUUCCGCUGUUAGAGAUGAGAAGCUUUCCGUGUUACUACAGAAGCAGGGAAAGGGUUCCAAGACUGAGAUAUGGGUGACAAAUGAGAUUCAUGACACCAAAGCUGUGUUCUGGACCAAGGUCUUAGCAUUGGAUUUGGAAAGUAAUCUUCAAAUAAAUGAUCUUGGAAGUUUCUUGCUCGACGAAGAUACGAAAGUCGUUCAAAUUUGUCAGAGAUGGUUCGACGAAGACGAGGACGACGAUCCAUAUAACAUUGACAUGCUCUACGUUUUUGGGGAGGAUACAGAAGCUAUAUUAACCGUUGAUGAAGUACCUGAUAUAACAGAAUGUUGGCCAGCAGUUACUCAUUAUGUUCCAAGUUUUGUUCAUAUCAAGCGUCUUGGAGGCAAAAGGAAAAGAGGUGGCUAAAUAAGCUCUUCAUCUAUUCUCCUUUUUUUUUUCUCUCUCUCUCUUUAGAUUAACUUGGUUAUGUUCUUUCAAGCUUUUCUUGUUCAAUGAAACUUUGCUUUUGUUUUUCUGGGCAUCAAAGUUGAAAAACAUAAAAUGGUCUCUCAUGGAAUACUCUUUUGAUUGUAGUUUAAGUGUUUUCAACCUAAAGGUAAGCAGAUAAGUCUAUUGAUAAAA